AUGGCGGCGCAGGCAGCCUUAAUUGCCGAUACCAUCGUGGGGAUGAAGCGGGCCCUCCGCAAUGAGAACGACUAUUCGGGACCCGAUGAUCCAAUCAGCCAACCUACGAAUAGAGGCAACAAGCUCCGAUCAAAUGCGAGAUUCGUGAGAGAGGGUGCUAUGGGCUAUGUGAAUUCCGAUGCCCUUUAUAAGCAGAAAAUCGAACAUGCUGGGUAUACCCGCUACAUUCUUCAGCAAAACCCUGUGCGCUACGACUCGGAAGGGGACGAGCUUGAUGAAGACGAUGAAGAUUCGGAGGCUGAUGCUGCCGUCGCGGAGGAGAAUCCCUUUUCUGAGAUCGCCUUGGAACAUUUCCUUUGCCCACUGAAACAUCCAUCUGAGCUCCCCACUCAUCCGUCCCUAUCGCACGCCUAUACCUCUAAGGCUCUCUCAAACAUGACGCAGGCAAUCGAAGCCAAACUACGCCAAGAACGAGCAUUACUGUGGCGCGCUAGAAAUCUGCACCGGCAGUUCCUUGGGGAUGGUUCCUGGGCGCCGUGCGGCGUCUUUGAGUCCCCUGAAGAUAGAUGGAUUUUUGAGCCGCGAAUAGCCAGCACAGGAGACAGUUCUCCGUUACCGUCCUAUGGGACCAAUGGUAUUGCCGCAUCCGCUGAAACAGCAUCAAGUCACUCAAAAGACAGCGCGCAGCAGCCCCCAAAAGUCACGGAUACUUCCAAAAGACGUGGCUCUGCGCCAGAAGAAGAAUUGAUUGGAACCACGAACGACGUUGAAAUGGCAAGCUUGCCGGAUGGAAGAGCAGAGGAUGAGCCACAUGAUUCCAAUACUAGCCACCCCAGAGCGCCAAAAUCCGAAGAAGUUGAUACAUUCGUCGGGGACCUUCCACAGCACUUGGAAAAUGGAGAGAGCGGUGCCAAGGUUAAUGGUAGCAAAUCAGAUAAUCCGCAUGACGGAGCUCGUGCGUCAGAUGCAGAUGUGCCAAUGGAUCAGGACGAAAGACAAAUCGGCGAGCCAGAUAAAGAACACAAGAACAAGCAGGGCGGAGACGAAGACGUGGAUGAGGACGUUGAAAUGCAAAACGGUUCGCCGCCAGAACCUCCAAGGCGUAUGACGACUCGAGCACAAGCCAAUGCUGGCCAGCCGCAGGAUCACGACUCUGGGCGCGAUUCACCGUCCGUGUCCAGCGAAACACUCAGCUCCCUUCCUACGCCUCACCCCCUCUAUCUUGUAUCAGAUUCAGUGCGGCCAGAUGCCGACUUUGGCCUGCCACCCAGUGAAGCUGAAGACACCCGCCGACUACUCUGGUCGUACGUCCAGAAACAAGAGGAAACGGUACGCGGUUUCGAACACAUGCUAGAGUCCCUCCUACGGGCAUGCCGGAUGAAAGAGGACGUCUUUGAAUGGUGUAAAGCAGAAGGCCAUGUUGGCGAGUUGAGCGACGGAGAAGACUGGUAUGACCGUGAGAAAUGGGGCCUUGCCGAAGGAGAGGACCUCAAGAAGGGCGCAGACGAAGAUGAGAUCGAGCCGGUCGAGGAGAGCCGGUCGAAUAAAAGGGGUAGGGGUCGUCGCGCAUAA